AUGAGUGAGAGAAAGAAAAAGGCAUUACCCAAGGUUGAAGACAGUGAGUCUUAUGACUGGGUAGAUAGUGAUGUUCAGAUACGGGCUUCGCUUUUCUUAGAUGUAGAUAGUGUUGGCAGAGUGGUUUUGUCCAGGAUAGUGAAACCAGGGUUUCGUCUUGAAUUGUUGCCAUGCAGUCGGUCUGAUCGAGUCUAUCAUAGGAGGAAAGAUUUUGAGAGUUUUUAUAUGUAUAGCCCUGUGUUGGAGGAGUUGCGUGUUAAGCUUCCGUUCUCCAACUUUGAGUGUGAUGUUAUGACACAGAUGAAUUGUGCUCCCUCUCAAAUCUAUCUUAACGGUUGGGCAUUUAUCAAAUGUUUUGAAAUUUUGAUGGAGUUUCUUGAAGUUGAAACAUAUUUAAAGUUAUUCUUUUCACUAUUUCAAGCCAAGGGUGUUUGGAAGGGGUUGUGGAUAAAUCUGAAUAGCACCCCAGGUUUUUCUGUUUUCAAACUUUAUAAAUCAUCUUUCAAAGAUUUUAAAGAAAUGUUUCUAAAGGUAAAAUCUGUAGAUGAGGAGUUUCCGUUUUAUCUUGAUGAGCACCUGGGAGAGAAAUUUCCCAUGUAUUGGUGUUGCCAACCAAAUCAUAUACUAGGCCCCGAGCUUAUUAGUGAUCGGAAUGAAUGCAUAUUGUCUUUUCUGAUUGAAAUGGUUGAUAAGGGUGGUUUAGUGUCUGUGUCAGAGUUGCUCCCCUGGGAGGAUGACAGAUCGGCCGUUUUGGAUUAUCUAGGUGAGGAAUUUUGCGGAUGUAGGCUUUUUUAUGUGAGAUAUAUUUGUUCUGAUAUUCUUAAAAUUUUUUUUUUUGUAGCGGGGAAGUAUCCUGGAGUAUCGGCCUCAAGCCUAAGGUCUCGGUUUAAGGCAAAAAAUUUUGAAGGUUCCUCAUCAAACCUGGAAAAGGUUGAUGGUGGGGCCGAGGUUAACCAACCUUCAAAGAAAAAGGGAAUUGUGUUUAAGAAAAGGAAAACAAAUUUGGUGGAUUUGGAUGGUGGAGGAAGUAAGCAAGAGAUGUUAUCAUUGGAAGAUUUGUCGAGUUUUACCUUGAAACAAGAAAAAUUGCACGCUUUUGAUAAUGAAGGGGAGAGUUCUUCUGUUUGGUGUCCGAAGUUUCCGUUUAAUGUUGUUGCUGAUGAGGUUGUUCAAUCAUCUACCGACGUUUCUUUGGUGGAGGAGGUCGGGGACAUAGGAGUCGACCAAUUUCUGCAGGUUCUGGAGUUUCGUCUUGCUAGUAUUGGUCGCAGUCAAGAGAAGAAACACAAAAAAUUGUCAAAUGAUGCUUCUGCAGCUGUUGCUUUAAAAGAGGAGCUUCUGUUGAAAGACAAGUCCUUAUCUGAUCUGAAAGAAAAAUUUGCUGAAGUUGAAAGUGAAUUAAAGGGUGAGAAGGAAGGUCGGGAAAAGACAGUGAAGUUAUUGGCGAAGAAGGAAGAGGAUCUCAUCAGUCUAGGCAACCAAGUUAUUAAAUUGACCUCUAAAAUGAAAGAAAUGGAGAGUGCCAAAGAGGGUGACAUUCUGGAUGCAUUUGCAGAGGGGUUUGAGUGAGCUGUGACCCAGGCAAAAUUUCUUGUACCUGAGGCAGACUUCUCUGCUAUGGACCCUGGGAAAAUAAUUCGUGAAGGUGAGCUUGUUGAUGACGAGGAAGCUGCCGAGGAAGGCGAUGAUAACUUAGCUGAUUAGGGCUUUUAUUAGCAUUUUGGGCUGUAUUUUUGUGGAACCUUGCCUCUUACUUUUUGGAAUAGGAUCUGUUAUUUAUGUAUGUG